UGUAUGCUUCCAAGCCCAGAGCGGCCCUUUUAAUGAGGGUUGCGACGUCUCCCUCCCCACGCCCAUAAACCAGCCGGUUGGACGUCACCACUAAUUCGUUUCAGCGGUGAUAGGAUAAAGCAGGGACAUUAAGAAAUAAAUUCCCCCUCACGACCCUCGCUGAGCUCGCUGCGCGGUCCCUGCAUAUUGAUGCAGCCGCAGGGUGCGAGAGCGGCUACUUAGCACAGCGGCUGCUCCUAGGGGCAGCUGCGGCCGGGGUGAGCCAGGUUGCGCGAGGGGAAGCUGGCAGCCUCCAGUCCUGAACUUGGCUGGGCUAGAGCGGAGCGAGGCGGGAGCAAGAGGCUGGGAGGGGGCGGGGAGCGCUCGCUCUGGAAGCUCCUACCCUGUGGCGCUGUUGGAGCCCGGAGCAUCCUGCCCCGGAGCGAGGCUCUGGAUCCGCGCGCUCAGCAGCUGCGGGAGGAGGAAGCGCGGAAGACAAGGUGAUCAGCGUGAUCCAUAGCCCUGGAACUGCGCGGGCUUAGCGGCAGGUUUCACACGAACCCCAUCCACUGCACAAAGAACCGUCUCUGAUGAGGUCACAGAGCUGCACUGAUCUCUCCAGGUAGGAGCCCCCACAUCACUUCUGCGUGUGACAAGCUGGUGACCAAGAUGUCCAGAGACUAGUUCCCAUGUGUGUGUGUCACAGUCAUCAGACACAGAGACCUCCAGUCUUCCUGACCUGUUGCUUAGGGAACACAACCCAUCGCUGCUUCUGACGUCUGCCUGGUCAACCUUGACUUCCUUAGAGAAUAAGGAAGGGGGUGGGGACACAUGAAAUCAUGCCACCCAAGGCCGAACAGCAAUGAGCAGGUGACGCCAAGUUGACGUCAAAGACAGAAGCAACAGAAUCUCUGCAGCCAGCUCUUGCCCUGGUGUAGCCCAGGUUCCUGCAGGAGUCACCUUAGCUUGAAGGCCUUCUGAAGGACACAGAUAACAUGGAAGAGCACACAUUUGGGGUUCAGCAGAUCCAGCCCAACGUCAUUUCUGUUCGUCUCUUCAAACGCAAAGUGGGAGGUCUGGGCUUCCUGGUGAAGGAACGGGUCAGCAAGCCUCCUGUGAUCAUCUCAGACCUGAUCCGAGGAGGUGCCGCUGAGCAGAGUGGCCUUAUUCAAGCCGGAGACAUCAUUCUUGCAGUCAAUGAUCGGCCCCUGGUAGACCUCAGCUAUGACAGCGCUCUAGAGGUUCUCAGGGGCAUUGCCUCUGAGACCCAUGUGGUCCUCAUUCUGAGAGGCCCUGAGGGCUUCACUACACAUCUGGAGACCACCUUCACAGGGGAUGGAACCCCCAAGACCAUCCGGGUGACCCAACCCCUGGGUACCCCCACCAAAGCUGUAGAUCUGUCUCGACAGCCGUCAGCCAGCAAAGACCAGCCAUUAGCAGUAGACAGGGUCACAGGUCCCGGUAAUGGACCUCAGCAUGCCCAAGGCCAUGGACAGGGAGCUGGUUCAGUCUGCCAGGCUAACGGUGUGGCCAUUGACCCUACAAUGAAAAAUCCCAAGGCCAGUCUCCAGGACGGUGGGGAACAUGAUGAACUGCUCAAAGAGAUAGAGCCUGUGCUGAGCAUCCUCAACAGUGGAGGCAAAGCAGUGGACAGAGGGGGACUAACCAAAGCAGAGAUGAAAGACACAGGAAUCCAGGUGGACAGAGACCUCGAUGGCAAACAGCACAAAGCUCCGCCCCUGGGCGGGGAAAAUGACCGAGUCUUCAAUGACCUGUGGGGGAAGGGCAACGUCCCUGUGGUCCUCAACAACCCGUAUUCAGAGAAUGUACAGUCUCCUGCCUCUGGCAGACAGUCCCCUACCAAGAACGGCAGUCCUUCCAGGUGCCCUCGCUUCCUCAAGGUCAAGAACUGGGAGACUGACGUGGUCCUCACUGACACCCUGCACCUGAAGAGCACGCUGGAAACGGGGUGCACAGAGCACAUCUGCAUGGGCUCGAUCAUGCUGCCAUCCCAUCACAUUCGGAAGUCAGAAGAUGUCCGUACAAAGGAUCAGCUCUUCCCUCUAGCCAAAGAAUUUCUCGACCAAUACUACUCAUCCAUUAAGAGGUUUGGCUCCAAGGCCCACAUGGACAGGCUAGAAGAGGUGAACAAGGAGAUCGAGAGCACCAGCACCUAUCAGCUCAAGGAUACGGAGCUCAUCUAUGGCGCCAAGCAUGCCUGGAGGAAUGCCUCUCGAUGUGUGGGCAGGAUCCAGUGGUCCAAGCUGCAGGUGUUCGAUGCCCGAGACUGCACCACAGCCCACGGCAUGUUCAAUUACAUCUGUAACCACGUCAAGUAUGCCACCAACAAAGGGAACCUCAGGUCGGCCAUCACUAUAUUCCCUCAGAGGACUGACGGCAAGCAUGACUUCCGAGUGUGGAACUCACAGCUCAUCCGUUAUGCUGGCUACAAACAGCCAGAUGGCUCUACCCUGGGGGAUCCAGCUAAUGUGGAGUUCACAGAGAUCUGUAUACAGCAGGGCUGGAAAGCCCCAAGAGGCCGCUUCGAUGUGCUGCCUCUUCUGCUCCAGGCCAAUGGCAACGACCCUGAACUCUUCCAGAUCCCCCCAGAGCUGGUGCUGGAAGUACCCAUCAGGCACCCCAAGUUCGACUGGUUUAAGGACCUGGGGCUCAAAUGGUAUGGCCUCCCCGCUGUGUCCAACAUGCUGCUGGAGAUAGGGGGCCUGGAAUUCAGCGCCUGUCCCUUUAGCGGCUGGUACAUGGGCACGGAGAUCGGUGUCCGUGAUUACUGUGACAACUCUCGAUACAACAUCCUGGAGGAAGUAGCCAAGAAGAUGGAUUUGGACAUGAGGAAGACGUCCUCUCUCUGGAAGGACCAAGCCCUGGUGGAGAUCAACAUUGCUGUUCUAUACAGCUUCCAGAGUGACAAGGUGACCAUCGUUGACCACCACUCUGCCACCGAGUCCUUCAUCAAACACAUGGAGAAUGAAUACCGCUGCAGGGGAGGCUGCCCCGCAGACUGGGUGUGGAUCGUGCCCCCCAUGUCGGGCAGCAUCACCCCUGUGUUCCACCAGGAAAUGCUCAACUAUCGACUCACCCCAUCCUUUGAGUACCAGCCUGAUCCAUGGAACACCCACGUGUGGAAGGGCACCAAUGGGACCCCCACAAAGCGUCGAGCCAUCGGCUUCAAGAAAUUGGCAGAGGCUGUCAAGUUCUCAGCCAAGCUGAUGGGACAGGCUAUGGCCAAGAGGGUCAAAGCGACCAUUCUCUAUGCCACAGAAACAGGCAAAUCACAAGCCUAUGCCAAGACCCUGUGCGAGAUCUUCAAGCAUGCCUUUGAUGCCAAGGCUAUGUCCAUGGAGGAGUAUGACAUCGUGCAUCUGGAGCACGAAGCCCUGGUCUUGGUGGUCACCAGCACCUUUGGCAAUGGAGACCCUCCUGAGAAUGGGGAGAAAUUCGGCUGUGCCUUAAUGGAGAUGAGGCACCCCAACUCUGUGCAGGAGGAGAGGAAGUACCCGGAACCCUUGCGUUUCUUUCCCCGUAAAGGGCCUUUCCUCCCCAAUGCUGACUCUGAAGCCCACAGUCUGGUUGCUGCCCGUGACAGCCAGCACAGGAGCUACAAGGUCCGAUUCAACAGCGUCUCCUCCUAUUCUGACUCCCGUAAGUCAUCAGGUGACGGACCGGACCUCAGAGACAACUUUGAAAGUACUGGACCCCUGGCCAAUGUGAGGUUCUCAGUCUUCGGCCUGGGCUCUCGGGCAUACCCCCACUUCUGUGCCUUUGGGCAUGCAGUGGAUACCCUCCUGGAGGAGCUGGGAGGGGAGAGAAUUCUGAAGAUGAGAGAAGGGGAUGAGCUCUGUGGGCAAGAAGAAGCUUUCAGGACCUGGGCCAAGAAAGUCUUCAAGGCAGCCUGUGAUGUGUUCUGCGUGGGCGAUGAUGUCAACAUUGAGAAGGCGAACAACUCCCUCAUUAGCAAUGACCGCAGCUGGAAAAGGAACAAAUUCCGCCUCACGUAUGUGGCAGAAGCUCCAGAGCUGACUCAAGGUCUUUCUAAUGUUCAUAAAAAGCGAGUCUCGGCCGCUCGACUCCUCAGCCGCCAAAACCUGCAAAGCCCUAAGUCCAGCCGAUCAACCAUCUUCGUGCGUCUCCACACCAACGGGAAUCAGGAGCUGCAGUACCAGCCAGGGGAUCACCUGGGUGUCUUCCCUGGUAACCAUGAGGACCUUGUGAAUGCACUCAUUGAACGACUGGAGGAUGCGCCGCCUGCCAACCACGUGGUGAAGGUGGAGAUGCUGGAGGAGAGGAACACGGCUCUGGGUGUCAUCAGUAAUUGGAAAGAUGAAUCUCGGCUCCCACCCUGCACCAUCUUCCAGGCCUUCAAGUACUACCUGGACAUCACCACGCCACCCACGCCCCUGCAGCUACAGCAGUUCGCCUCCCUGGCCACCAGUGAGAAAGAGAAGCAGCAGCUGCUGGUCCUCAGCAAGGGACUCCAGGAAUAUGAGGAGUGGAAAUGGGGCAAGAACCCCACAAUGGUGGAGGUGCUGGAGGAGUUCCCAUCCAUCCAGAUGCCAGCCACGCUUCUCCUCACGCAGCUGUCGCUGUUACAGCCUCGCUACUACUCCAUCAGCUCCUCUCCAGACAUGUACCCCGAUGAGGUGCACCUCACCGUGGCCAUUGUGUCCUAUCACACCCGAGAUGGAGAAGGACCAGUUCACCAUGGGGUGUGCUCCUCCUGGCUCAACCGAAUACAGGCUGACGAUGUAGUCCCAUGCUUUGUGAGAGGUGCCCCCAGCUUCCACCUGCCUCGAAACCCCCAGGUGCCUUGCAUCCUGGUUGGCCCAGGCACUGGCAUUGCGCCCUUCCGAAGCUUUUGGCAACAGCGGCAAUUUGACAUCCAACACAAAGGAAUGAAUCCCUGCCCCAUGGUUCUGGUCUUCGGGUGUCGACAAUCCAAGAUAGAUCAUAUCUACAGAGAGGAGACCCUGCAGGCCAAGAACAAGGGCGUCUUCAGAGAGCUGUACACUGCCUAUUCCCGGGAACCUGACAGGCCAAAGAAAUAUGUUCAGGAUGUGCUGCAGGAACAGCUGGCUGAGUCUGUGUACCGCGCCCUGAAGGAGCAAGGAGGCCACAUUUAUGUCUGUGGGGAUGUUACCAUGGCCGCCGAUGUCCUCAAAGCCAUCCAACGCAUAAUGACCCAGCAGGGGAAACUCUCAGAGGAGGAUGCUGGUGUGUUUAUCAGCAGGCUGAGGGAUGACAACCGAUAUCACGAGGACAUCUUUGGAGUCACCCUCAGAACGUAUGAAGUGACCAACCGCCUUAGAUCUGAGUCCAUCGCCUUCAUUGAAGAGAGCAAAAAAGAUACAGACGAGGUUUUCAGCUCCUAACUGGAUCCUCCUGCCCCAUGGGAUGUGGGGUGGCUGCCCCAAGUGCCCAAGCGAGGGUGGCCGCAGGUUGACUAAAAGUGGACACACACGGCUGAACCUUCCCCACGGACCCUGAGUGGCCCCACCCUUCCUCUUGUCCUGUUGCUAUGUCCUGGUCCUUCUUCCGCUCUGGGCUCUCUCAGCCCCAACCCUGGGUUUUCUCCUAGACUCUUGGGCUGUGAUGCAUCACCCUUGUACCCUGCAGUGGCUCUUACAAACCGCAUCCUCCCUACCUGCUUGCUACCAAGGACAGGUUGCGGUGCAUGAAACCACUGGGUCAUGGCUGUCACUCCUGUUGGGGUCUAAAGGUGGCUGGCACUGGGCCUCAGACCACCCUGAGCCAGUCUCUUGCCCACUUCAGCCCCUUUCCAUCCCCUUUAUAUGACACAUGUGUGUGUGUGUGUGUGUGUGUGUGUGUGUGUGUGUAUGUGUGUGUGUAUGUAUGUGUGUGUGUGAGAGAGAGAGAGAGAGAGAGUGCAAGAGCCGGAGCCCUAGGUCAUUCUCUGUCCUUUUGCCUGCACAUUUGUGCUGACCUUACCCGUGAGUCCAACUGCCUUCGUGAAAGAUGUUGCGUGCCACGAAACAUGUUCCUAGAUAUUGUUAAUCCCACCCAUGUCCACCAUGACAGGCCUGUGUCAGCCUCCCUGAAACACAUCAAGCCCCCUUAUUAAUCACAGACACACAUGGAGAGGAAGGUGUGUCCCUGUGGAGGACCCAACCACAGAAUCCGAGGUGUUCAGAGUCUGACCCUCUCAGCAGAGGUCUGUCUGGGAAAUGUAACCAGACAGUGGAUGGGCCAAGCCCCUUCCCAUUCUCACCAACCCCAGCUGGGGCCACAGGAUGUUCAGCUGUCUUCCCCAGGCAACCCGUGCCGUGCCAAAAAGCAUGCUGGGAGUAAGGUCUUUGCCAUCAUGGGUAUUUGGGUAACUCUUCUAAGUUUGUCCUCAUUGAAUGGAUGGAUGGGCCUUUUUAGUGCUUUGGAGCCUUGGCAGGUGUCAGAAAGGAAUAGAGCAGCUGCUUUUCAUGCCUCCUGCUUGACAGUAAUCCCUUUUCCCCCAAAACGAGCGGCGUAGGCAACAGAAUUCUAGCCAUGACCAGUUGGCCCUCAGGGGUGACCGUCUCUGAGGCACUAUGGUGGUCCCUUAUCUGAUUAAACAAAUAAAUAAUAAAAGUUACAUCAGACAGUA